AUGCGUGAUCUAUUGAAACCAAGAGAUCUUAGAAAACCAACUAUUGCACAAAUACUACUAUGUGAUAUUGUGGCAGCAGUUUUAACACGCAUAAAUGUGAGCCCAUCUGAAGAGACAGAUCAUGGAUUGAGUUUGGCAUUGUAUAAUGAAGUACAAACAAUCAUACGAGAAAGAGUACCGUAUAUUAUUACAGUAACAAAAAAUAUUGUUGGUCGAGCUAUAUAUUUGCAUGGAUUUUUGUACGAACAAUCUGAACGUUUACUACAUCUUAAUACACAUCGAAAUAAUAAUAUACCACAAAUAAAAUUAAUUGGAGAGCAACUUCAAAAACAUUUAAUGCGAGAAAUGUUAAUGAUGCGCAACCUUAUUAUUAUGACAAACGCAAUAUAUUCUAUACCUGUUAGUGAACAUAUUCUAUUAACGGAUUAUUAUGUAUUAAUGAGUACUAAUCGUCCAAUAUUUUGUUACAUAAUAGUAGUUCUAAAAGUGAAUGAUCUUGUUGAUCGAGAAAUAUUAAUUGAAAAACUUCAACAACAUAACGUAUUUCUUGAAGAAUAUAUGAUAUUAAAUAACAGCUUUACAUUGCCAAAAAGUGGUCGGCUUAACCAAUCAGCACUAAACAUCUUAUCGAUGCCAUCUUAUGUUGCUGUAUAUGGUGGACCAUAUGAUCAACAGUUAAGUUUCGAAAGACCAUCGAUUGUUCUAAAUUCUCAUCAAAAUGAUUCGUAUUCAUCUAACAUAAGCACUACACAACCUCAACGUUCACCACCUUUAUACAAUAGACAGUGUUUACAAAAAACAUCAGUAUCGAAUAAAUGCAAAAAACGUUCUAUCUCACCUGUCUUCGUGGAAUCAGAUAGUUCAAUUAGUAACUCAGAACGUACAAAUGGCAUAUUAAAUCGUAACAUUGAACGAAAUACAAUAAGAAGUACAUUUUCAAUUACAUCUAUAUCAUUUCAAGAAAUACGUGCACCAGUUUCACGUACAACAUAUAAUAGAGAUGCAGAAGGCAUCGUAAUAAUGGGCAGAGGAAUAGUAACAACGACUUCAUCAAAUACUGGUGCAAAUAUACGAAGAAGAUUAAUCAAAAUAAAUGAUGAAACAAGUGCUAUAAAUGUAACAAUAUAG